GCAUAUUUUACUUACACCGUCAUUUCCUGCGUCAUCUAUGCUAGCGCGCUAGAUCCUGCGGUCUUUCCGGUUCUCAAUAGACAUCCAUCAAGGAGAAGACAUGGGAGAAGUACUUGGGACCAGAUAAGACAGCAGAAAGCAAGGCAGACCCUGAGCUCACAGAGGUCUAAGUGGAGUCUAAACAUGGUCUAAUGGACCGACGGUUUUUGCUGACCUUCGUCUUCUGUUCAGUCUCGUGGAUUUUCUUCUGGGAGGUGCGCUGGAAGAAAGGCAAGGAAAGUCAGAUUGAAGAAUGGCUCCAGAGACGCAGCCUAUCCGAGUACAAGUAUUUAUUUGAAGAUGUACAGACUCUGGAGGAGCUGAGUUUAUGUGUGCUUUCUCGGCUGGAGGAAGUGGUAAAGGAAAACCAUCACUGGAGGGAGAUAACUGAGGCCCAACUUCAGCUGCUCAGAGACUUUGCUUUCCAGGAGUGGCUUUGUUCCCAGAGCCUGGAGCACUACUAUCACACCCUGAAGACCCUGGGCUGCACUACCCUGGAUGAUCUAGCACAGUUUGACAGCCAGCUUCAGCUUUCUCUAGCAGCUUGGGGCUAUUACUAUGAGGAUUACAUCAAACUGUCCACAGGUGUGAGGGUCCUCCAGGCAUCUAAGGGAAGUAGAGAUCAAGAAUACGAGAUUCAGCUGGUGCACUGCCUUGCUGAGAGGCGGCUGAAUGAGAAGUGGUCUUUUGCAGGAGCCCUGAUAUUUGGCUGUACCAUUGCCCUGUGCUUUCUGAUAAGGGACCUCAUGUUUUACGUGAUUGGUGGAAUAACUGUUUCCAUCAUCGCAUUCGUCUUUACCAUCAAAUUUCUGUGUGAGCUUGCUGCUCGUGUGGUCAGCUUCUUACAGAAUGAUGACCCUGCCCGACAUGGGGACCGCAGUAUCUAUGACUAUGUACGGGGUAAUUAUUUGGACCCACGCUCAUGCAAGGUCUCCUGGGACUGGAAAGAGCCACAGGAAGUGGGUCAAACCAUGAGUUUCCGAGUGCAGCUUUUUUACAAAAAUGGCCAGCCUUUUCCUGCACACAGACCUGUGGGAUUGAAGGUGAACAUCACUCACAUAGAGCUGGCUUUAGAAAUCCCUGUGACCCAGGAGGUCCUCCAGGAGCCAGAGUCUAAUGUAGUCAAAGUGGCCUUCACUGUGCGUAAGGCUGGACGUUAUGAAGUAGCUGUAAAACUUGGAGGCCUGAAUGUGGCUUACAGCCCUUACUACAAGAUAUUCCAACCAGGUACAGUGGUGCCAUCCAAAACAAAGAUAGCGUAUCACUUCUCAACACUGGUUCUGACUUAUGGACAGCAGCACAUGCUGCAGAUAGAACCACGGGAUGAAUAUGGCAACCCCACCAGUAACUCUGUCUCACUUGUGGAUGAGGUCAAUUACAGCAUGAAUGUCCACCCAUUGGGCACAGUGGAUGAGGAGAGCUCAGAUGAUUGCUACAGCACAUCGGUAUCAUCAAACAAGCCACAGUGCCAAGUUCUGAUGAGGCUUACCUUCAGGAAAAAAGGCUGCUUCAGGGCAUGUAUCUCAUACAGGGACCAGCCCCUUAGCAAUGGGGAGUUUGACAUCAUUGUACUCAGCGAAAAUGAGAAGAACUGUGUGGAGAAAAAUGUAUCUACCCCAGGCAUAAGCAUCUACUUUGAGGCCUACCUCUACAGCAUGGGCACUUACAGUAGUUGUCCUUGGCAGUUUCUAGCAUCCUCCCAGCUUGCCCUGCAGAGACGGCCCUCCAUGGGUGAUGAUGAGGAGGAACAUGACUCCCCUGUAGAGGGGCAGUCAGAGAAAGUCAAGAAACCAAAAAAGGUGUAUUGCUAUAUCUCACCAAAGCAAUUUUCCGUGAAGGAGUUUUACCUGAAAAUUAUUCCUUGGCGCCUUUUCACUUUCCGUGUGUGUCCUGGAACUAAGUUCACUUACCAUGGACCAGACCCUGUUCAUAAAUACCUAACACUGGUAGUAGAUGAUGGGAUUCAGCCUCCCGUAGAGCUCAGCUGUAAGGACAGAAAUAUCAUGGCUGCAACUUUUAUCCGCUUUCUCCACAAGAAUAUUGGUGGAUCAGAAACUUUUCAGGAUAAAGUGAACUUUUUUCAGCGGGAGCUGAGACACAUUCACACCAAGAGACCUCGCACUAAAACCUGCCUGAAAAUCAGCCGUCACUCACUUCUUGAAUCGUCUCUGAAGGCCACACGGAACUUUUCUGUGUCGGAUUGGAGUAAGAACUUUGAAGUUGUGUUCCAGGAUGAGGAAGCUCUGGACUGGGGUGGGCCACGACGUGAGUGGUUUGAGCUUAUCUGUAAGGCUCUGUUUGAUACAAAUAACCAGCUUUUCACACGCUUUAGUGACAACAACCAAGGAUUGGUCCACCCAAACGCUGAUCGCCCCCCUCACCUGAGGAUGAAAAUGUAUGAGUUUGCAGGUCGAGUGGUGGGGAAAUGUCUAUAUGAAUCAGCUUUAGGUGGGUCCUACAAGCAGCUGGUACGAGCCCGAUUCACCCGCUCCUUCUUGGCUCAGAUAAUUGGAUUACGAAUGAACUAUAAGUACUUUGAAACUGAUGAUGAGGAAUUUUACAAAACCAAGGUAUGCUUUAUUCUUAACAACGAUGUCAGUGAAAUGGACCUGCUGUUUGCUGAAGAAAAAUAUAGCAAGUCAGGACACCUGGAAAAGGUAGUGGAAUUGAUAUCUGGUGGUGCUCAAAUUGCUGUGACAAAUGAGAAUAAAAUUCACUACUUAAACCUGUUGGCCCAGUACAGACUAGCCAGUCAGGUGCGAGAUGAAGUAGAACACUUCCUUAAAGGUUUGAAUGAACUGGUCCCUGAAAACCUUCUGGCCAUAUUUGAUGAGAAUGAAUUGGAGUUGUUGAUGUGUGGUACAGGAGAUAUUAACGUGCAGGACUUUAAAGCUCAUGCUGUAAUUGUUGGAGGGUCAUGGCACUUCAGAGAAAAGGUUAUGAAAUGGUUCUGGGCUGUGGUGUCAUCCUUCACACAGGAAGAAUUGGCACGUUUGUUGCAGUUCACCACUGGCUCCUCGCAGCUCCCACCUGGCGGCUUUAAUACGCUUUGCCCGUCCUUCCAGAUUAUAGCAGCUCCCACACACAGCACGCUGCCCACUGCACACACAUGUUUUAACCAGCUGUGCCUCCCAACAUAUGACUCCUAUGAGGAGCUCCACAAGCUGCUGAAACUGGCCAUCAGUGAGGGGAGUGAGGGCUUUGGUAUGCUUUGAAACAUCAGUCCAGCUCAGGCCGAAACAGAGUUAUCUCCAAACUUCCUUUUUUCAUGAACAUGUCACCACAGUGUACUUUACAGUGUACUGUAAAGGAAGGACUUUGAUCACAAGAUGCCUCUGGGAGGAUUCAGGAGUUAUGUUCAUAUGUAUUUAAAGACUGUUCUACAAAAUGAAAAUGAUAGAUAGUUGCCUCUCUUUCUAUAUGAGUGCAGACAUAAUUAAAUGGCCUACAUAAGUGUCAGGAUGCUUGUUUUGCAUUUGACAUAAAGAGAAUGUUUUUUUGUUGUUGUUGUUUUUUUUU